CUCUACACUGUAAACAUUUUUUUUUUCAAGGGCGAGACUUAUGUCGCAUAAGAAGAAUGAAUAUUAUCCUGUUAAAAGCUUCAUAUAUUUUUCUAUUAAUGACAAAAUCCUGAAAAUCUGAACAUUCCUCUAGUAUGAUAGAAUAAGAACAUACUUAUUUGUGAGCAGAAAAAAUACUAAACAAUGGCCGGAUAUUUGAAGUCAAUAGUUGGUGGUAUAUUUAAUGCUGCAGCUGCUAAUAUCAAUCCAUAUAAAAUACAGAUUGCUAAUCCUGAGAGCUUUAAAGAUUUGAAUAUUAUUACUAGAGAUGAUUGUUUGUAUUUGUAUAAAAGACCAGGGUGUGUAGAAUGUGUUUUAAUAAGUACAGCUGGUGUUAGCAGUAAAUGGUAUAGUUUGUUUCGACUUACAAGUGAAGGAGAUGCAAAUGCGUUAUUUAGUAAUCUGUGUGCAAUUUUACUACCAUUAAUUGUCAGCAGUAGUUCUGUGUACCAAGAAGACAAUCUACAAAAGAUCUGUGAUAAUAUUCGAGAACAUCCUACAUGGAAUGUAGCUCAUGUAGCUGCUUUUGUUGGUUUGUUUGAAGCUUUCAGACAUCCAUCAGUGAACAAGUUUUUAAGCACAGGAUGUAGUGUAACUGGUAUAGGACCUGUUCACGCUGCUAUAUCUGGUCAACAAAUACAGUGUGUACAAGAAUUAUUAAAAUGUGAUGCUAGUUUAGAAAUAGCUGACACUCAUGGUAAUACAGCUUAUCAUCAGGCUGUUAAAAUAUUACCUACAGUUAUUCCAAUAUUAAUGAGAUAUGAUCAUAGUAGUGUAGUACAAUGGACUAAUAAACAAGGAGAAACUGCCAUAUAUACAGCUUGUAAGAUGAAUCUUCCAGAUGCUACAGAGAUGUUAUUACAUGCUGGAGCUGAUCCUAAUAUAUCCUCUACAGAUGCUCUUCCAAUACAUAUAGCUAUACAAGAAAAUAAUCUACAAUCUGCUGAAUUGAUUCUAAGAGAUCAUCCUGAUCAGUUAUCAGUUGUAGAUAAUAAAUAUGGUGCCACUCCUUUACAUUGGGUUAAAUCAAAAGAAGCUGUAGAGAUGUUAGCUAGAUUUGGUUGUAAUAUGAAUGCUGUUAGUUCACAUGGUGAUACAGCUCUACAUGUUGUAAUGAAGAAGAAAUUAAUAGAUUGUGUAAUGUCAUUAUUGUGCUAUGGUACAGAUUGUAAUAUACUAGAUAGCGAUGAAGAAACACCAUUGCAUUGGGCUGUACAGAAUGAUGAUAUUGAAUAUGUUAGAACAUUUAUUGUAUUUGGUGCUGAUGUUAAUCAGAGAAACAAAAAACAACAUUCCCCUCGUCAUAUUGCAUCUACCUCAAAAGGCAAAAACAGAGAAUUGAUUUUAUAUUUAUUACAUAUUGCUGGAGCUAAACGAUGUGGUGUUGAUAUAAAGGGUUGUUUACAAGGAUGCGUUGCAGAAGGAAGUCAUAAUGGUGUACCUAAUCCUUCAAUGAAAACAUUACUUAAAUUAGAUAGUGUAGCCUUAUUCGAUGAUUUAUUAUCUGCUCGUGUAACGUGUGAAGCCAAAAUGGAACAUGGACAGGGUUCUGUAUUAGACAUGGUAAAUGCACCAACUAAUGCUGGAGAUAGAAUUUUAAGUUUAGAUGGUGGAGGAAUAAGAGGUUUAAUACUAAUACAAGUACUAAUGGAGAUAGAGCAUGCUAUGGGCAAACCAAUUCGUGAAUGUUUUGAUUGGAUUGGAGGAACCAGUACAGGGGCUAUUCUAGCUCUAGGUAUUGCUAAAGGUGUUUCCUUACAGUAUAUGAAGGGUUUAUAUUUUCGGAUGAAGGAUGAAGUAUUUAGAGGGAUGAGGCCAUAUUCUUCUGAACCUUUUGAAGAAAUGUUGAAACGAGAAUUUGGCAGUGACACUGUCAUGUCGGAUCUGAAACAUGCAAAAGUUAUGGUAACAGGUGUUAAAGCUGAUACAUUUCCGGCUCAGUUUCAUUUAUUCCGUAAUUAUAUCAACCCAUUUAAAAUGCCUCAUACUGGAAAAUCUAAAAUAAAUGAUGAUGAUAUACUUCCUCAUAAUCAGCUGGUAUGGAAAGCUGCACGAGCCAGUGGUGCUGCCCCUACUUAUUUUCGCUGUCAUGGUAACUUUAUGGAUGGUGGUUUAAUGGCCAAUAAUCCAACCUUAGAUAUACUAACAGAAAUUAAUGAGUUUAAUAAAGGACUCAAGAUGGACAAUUUAGAUGAUCAGAUUCGACCACUUGGUUGUGUUAUAUCUGUUGGUACUGGUAGAUUACCAGAAACAGAAGUUAAAAAUGUUGAUGUAUUUAGACCAGAAGGAUUAUUUGAUGCUGCUAGAUCUGUAUUAGGAUUAUCAGCUUUAGGUAAUCUUAUAGUUGACCAGGCGACAAUAUCUGAAGGUAGACCAGUAGACAGAUCUCGAGCCUGGUGUAGUAUGAUCAACGUACCAUUUUACAGAUUUAGUCCACAAUUAUCUGAGCAUGUGGGUCUAGAUUGUCAUGAUAAUAAAACACUGAUUAAUAUGAUGUGGGAAACACAGUGUUAUAUGGUAGCAAAUAGACAUAGAGUAAAUGAACUAACCUCAUUACUUUGUGGCAUAGAGCAGUAAGAUUAAAGGAAAUAAUCUUGUUUGUAUAUUGAUGAAAGCUAUUCGGAUCAACUUUUAGAAAAAUUCUAGUUGCCCGAUGAUCAACGUACCAUUUUAUAGAUUUAGUCCACAAUUAUUCAAGCAUGUGGGUUUAGAUUUGUCAUGAUGAUGAUAAAACACUGAUUAAUAUGAUAUGGGAGUGUUAAUGGUAGCCAAUAGUGCUCCUACGGCUAGUAGGAUAGUCGUAAACGGUUAGAACUGGACGGUUAAACAGUUCAAAUUCAACGGUACGGUUAUUCAGAGAUGUCCCCCAUUACAUAGAAUAGUGUCUGAUUAUAUUCCUCUUUAUAACAAAACUUGCCUGUUGUCAUUUUGUAUUUGAUGUUUGGAAAGCAACAGUCGUCCUACGAUGUCGACUGCUAAAAAAUAAUACUAUUAAUACUCGUCGUAGUCAUACGACAAAGUCAACGGACCUGGUUCUGACUUUAGCUUUUGUUAAUCCAUUCUAAAUACUUCUCGGCAUUUCUAACUAUAUUCUACCUUGUUUAAUAUUUAUAUAUAAAUGUAACCACCAUUCAAAAUAUAUUAAUAAAGGCUAGAAAAUGACUUUAUAGUAGAUUUGUUACGACAUUCAACACGUUUCAUAUCUUGUAAUUUCUCGCAAGAAUUCUACUUUGGAUUUAAGUUAAAUUAACCAAUCAUAAAAAUUCUACUUGCAAGCUAGGAAUUAUUUCUUUAUUGUCCAAUCAACAGACGUAUUCCAAUUUACUUUGUUCUAUUCUUAGUAACAUUGUGUAAUCGUAAUAUUAUCGCCAUAUGUCACGUACGAAGGGAAACAGAGUAUUGUUUUGUAUAUUAUCGUAGAUAUAUAUUGAAUUAAAAAAUGUUUCAAAUGAACCAAGUUAACCAGGUAAACAAAUAACUACGGCCUUACAUAGUUUAAAUUUUCAUUAAAGAAUUGUACAUUUCUAUGAAAAGAUUCCUGAAACUUUUGCACGUGUAAUGCCUUUUAGGCGAGUAUAGCGUGCGCCUCAGUAAUGACUCGCAGCUCCUGACAAGCUCUGUUUUAAGUUUAAAAUUGAUACCAUACAGUUAAACGGUUACUAACCGCUUAAUAGCUACGGUUAUUCGAAUAACAAAAAGUCCUAACUGUAGGAGCACUAGUAGCAAAUAAUCCAUUUGUAUCUAUAUUGAUGAAAGCUACUCAGAUCAACUUUUAGAAAAAUUCUAGUUGCCACUGUUCAAGAGGGUGUGGUUGGUUGGUCGGAGUGGUCUAACAUGUGUGCUUUAGAUCAUAAGGUCUGUCAUGGAGUCAACUGGCACAGUUUUACUGCUUAGCUUGUAUGUGACAAGGAGUAUAGGGUCACCUGCUCAACCUUGUUCGUUUUCUCUGGGUUCUCCGGUUUCCUCUCACUACUAAAGACACCUAAAUGCCAGCGAAUUAUUGAAAUGAAAGUUACAAUAUCUUAGUCCCAAGAUAAACCAGUGGACAUUAAAUCCAAUCGCUCUCUCUCUCUUUUUUUCUCCCACUGUUCAUGAAGUGUACCCUUAAUUAAAGAAGACCAUAUUAACCUCAUAAAUACUAACAGAUCUUAUAAUAUUGGCAUCCCCAUGCUUAUAAAUGGUGAUGUUAGUAAAUCUGUCAAAUUAGUUUAUUUUGUGUAUCGAAACUAACUUUUAGUCAUCUUUCAGCCAUUUCCAAUUGGAAAUUGGCAGUUUUGGGUCCACCCAAUCUCUUAUAUAAUAUUUGAUGUACAAAAUCUAUAAUUUAUAUCAUAGGCUUGGUUGCACGCUUCCUUUCUUAAUGAAAGGUAUGUAUCCUUAAAAUGUUCUAGUUAAUUUUAGUGAAGAAGGUCUCUGUGGGUCCAGGCUAUGUUUGGGUAUCCUUUUCCUCAAUAAAGCAGUCAUGUCAAACUAUAAAUAUUUUAGUAGUUUUUCUCCAAAUAAUGGCUUGCAUCUUCAAAUUGCUUAAUUUUGGUUAAAUUUAUAGAGCUAUUUUAUUGAAUCCAGUAUUAUUUUGAACAACACACUGUUAUGCAGUGUAACGAGGCGAGCUGUGAUAUUCAAUUUUGUUUUAUUUAAGGUCUAUGAUUAUUUGUGGAACCAUGAGUUAUAAAAAUGUAGUAAUAGUUAUUUAUGAUCAUACCAUAAUGGGAUUAUGCUAUGCACUAUGUGUUAAUAUGUUUUACUAUAUUAUAUAUUAUGUAUGGGUUUAUAUUGUUCUGUAUAAUUUGUUUUGUUCUGUAUUGUACAAUUGGUAUUGUUCUGUUAAGGUCACAACAUAAAUGAUAAAAAAUUACGAAACUUUAUUUUUAAUACACUUCAGUAUCCAGUCAUGAUGGUUUAUCUUUUGGUUUUCUUUUUUUGUUUUCUUUUUUUAUAUUUUGUUGGGGUUUUUUUCGGGGGGGGGGGGGGGGGAGUAUAAACACUUGGUUAAUCACAUCUUGAUAUAUACGGUAAAUAUAUAAAGCGCCACAUUAAUCUCUGUGAUGUUAAACUAUAUAACUGGUAAAUGGGUCUCAUGUAUGGAAUGAUGUUGAUGAAAUUGCUAGCUGCCAGCUAGGUGAUUAGAUGGAGGAUGGUGUCUAAGAUCUGUAAAAGAAUAAAUCAAAGGGAGGAUAUCCUACUUUAAACAAUUUUUGUUUUUGAAAAUUGAAUUGCUUUGAUACUAGAUAAAACAUUUAAUAUAUUGUUUUCAUUUCUUAUAUAUUUAUUAUAUUUAAUCUGUUUAAAUUUGUAAUAUUCAAAAUUGUAGUAAAUGUUACACACUCAG